AUGCCUCCAUUCCGCAACUUUUUAGGACGUAAGUCCCAACCCAACGGGGAUCCCACUAUCUUGGAUGAGGGCCAUCUCACUCCAAAUCAACGCCCGGUGCCCAUACCGAUCCGCAGGAGCCAGGAUGAACCCACCGAGUACAAAUUGAGUGUGGUCAACGACAGUGGUGUCUAUCUUCCGCCUUCUCCCCCCGAGCGGCUGAGUUUCUGGCGCCGGUACCCGGGCUCUAACAAACCCGUCAACCAUCGAGAUCUCGUUGAUGAGAAUGAGCCUUUCUCCAUCUCUCGCGAGUCCUUUGAUUCUUACCGCCGAUCAUUUGAUAUCUCUGCGCGCUCACCCAUCAUCCAUCCUGAUGCCGGUCCCUCUCGAACUUCUCUUGACUCUCGAUUCUCCCGACUAACUCCGUCGGGCACUCACUCCAAUAGCCUCACCAAGUCUGAAAUCACGGAGGAAGAAGCCUUUGAAGAAGUAGGGUUAAAUGACGAGGCGAAACCUAAAAAGAGGGGGUUCCUUUCUAGAUUCGGUGACUCUAGUAACGAUGCGCAACCAUCCGGGCCCAAGUCUUCUACCUCAACCUUCGGUUUCCACAUUCCCGGCCGGAAGCGCGGCCAGAGUGCUGGCGCAUCAGAACUGGCCUCUGUGAAAGUAUCCCCCUCUGCAACUGCGCCCAAUGUUGACGGCAGCGAGGAGCGCAAUGGCAAGCGGAGCAAGACCAAGGAAGGCUCCGCGUCCAAGUCCAAGUCCGUGAAGUCAAGCUCUUCAUCCAAGAAGGAUUCCAAGAAGGACUCAAAAUCCAGGAAGAGUGAUAAGAAGCCCUCGAAGAAGGUUCAGAAGGAAGAGUCUGAGGACGACGAUGACUUCGAUAUUGAUGAUGUCUCAGACGAAGACCUUGAUGCCCUUGAUGCCCUUUCAGACGAUGCUGAGAUGCCCGAUGUGAGCGAGGAGGAGGAGAAGCCCAAAUCAGACAAGAAGUCUGAUACGGAUGAUGAAGAGCGGAAAGAGGCCCCAAAGAACCCCAACCCCAACCCCAACAACAACAACUCUCGCGAAUCCCACAUCAAGCAAAAAGCGCUCCAGCAGGAGCGCAAGGCCGCUAAGCCAAAUGCCGAUACCGUCGCCCGCUCCAAGAAAUUGUGGGAGCAGCUGCGCCGCAAGUCCCACGUGCCUCUGGAGCAGAGAAAGAAACUCAUCAAGGAGCUUUUUGAGAUCAUCACUAACCGCGUUCGGGACUUCGUGUUCAAGCACGACUCAGUGCGAGUUAUUCAGACUGCUCUCAAGUACGGAAACCUCGAGCAGCGCAAGCUGAUUGCGCACGAGUUGAAGGGCACUUACAAGGAGCUGGCCCAAAGUCGAUAUGCCAAGUUCUUGGUUGGAAAGUUGAUUGUCCACGGAGAUGACGAGACCCGCGAUUUAAUCAUUCCAGAGUUCUACGGCCAUGUCAGACGUCUCAUCCGCCACCCCGAGGGCUCAUGGAUUCUUGACGACAUCUACCGCACAGUUGCGACCAAAGCACAGAAGAACAGGCUGCUCCGCGAGUGGUACGGUCCCGAGUUUGUCAUUUUCCAAGAUGAGAAUGACACCACUUCCGAUCUCGCUAAGAUCAUCGAGGCCCACCCUGAAAAGCGUGGACCGAUCAUGAACUACUUGCGCGAGCUGAUUAACCAGCUGGUGCAGAAGAAAAGCACUGGAUUCACCAUGCUUCACGAUGCUAUGUUGCAAUAUUUCCUCUGCACGAAACCCGGUAGCAACGAAGCGAACGAGUUUAUCGAGCUGCUCAAGGGUGAUGAAGAGGGCGACUUGGUCAAGAACUUGGCUUUCACCAAGUCUGGCUCCCGCUUGAUGUGUUUGACACUCGCAUACUCUAACGCCAAAGACCGCAAACUGCUCCUACGAUUCUUCCGCGACACCGUCAAGGCCAUGGCUGGUGACGUCUACGGUCACCAGGUUAUCCUUGCCGCGUACGAGGUCGUUGAUGACACAAAGCUCAGCGCCAAGUCCUUCUUCCCCGAGUUGUUGAACCAGAACGAAGCCGAAGAGGCUCGCCACGAGGAACUCUGCUAUCAGGUCAACGACCUGACCGCUCGAAUCGCUGUCCUAUACCCCUUCGCCGGCGAACGCGUCAAGUGGCUGCUCCCCGAGGCCGACCAGACAAUCCUUGAAGAAGUCCGCGAAGUCCGCAAGGAAACCUCCAAGAAAGACCCGGCCACGCGCCGCCUGGAGCUCGUCAAGGCCGCUUCGCCGACACUGCUCGAAUUCAUCGCUGCCCGCGCCUCUACCCUUCUCGAGACGACCUUUGGUUGCCAGUUCCUCUCCGAGGUGCUGUUCGAAGCCGACGGUGACAAGACCGACGCUCUCGCGGCCGUUGCCGAAGCCGCCAAGUCGCACACUGAAGCUCGCGAUACCGCACACGCCGGACGUCUUCUCAAGUCUCUUGUGCAGGGUGGACGAUUCAACCCGGCCUCGAAGUCUAUCGAGAAGGUGGAGCCUGCGUUGAACUUCCAUGAUGUUCUGUACGAGCAGAUCAAGGAUGAGGUCAUGGACUGGGCGACGGGGGCUAACCCCUUUGUAGUUGUCGCGCUGGCUGAGUCGGAGGACUUUGAGAAGAAGAGUGAGCUGCUCAAGACUCUGAAGAAGAACAAGAAGGCGCUGGAGCGGGCCUCGGCGUCGGUCGUGGAGAAAGAUGGAAAGAAAAAGCCCAGCCCGACUAACAGUGGUGCGAAGUUAUUGCUUUCGAUGAUCUAG